AUGAGCUCGUCAGCCAGCACAGCGGCCGUUUCCACACCAGUCUUCCAGUCAAGCAGACUUAAUUCAUCCCCGAGCGAGACCAAAUCCAUAGGAGCUGGCUCGUCUCAUACCCUACAAGCGGAACGAAUAUCCACAGAGUCGUCAAAUUCCGGAACACGACCUGCGGAAAUCAAGGAGUCGAACAACCCCAAAAGAAGUACUGGCAGAUCGAUUGCGGAAAUAAAUUUCACAAUUGGACCGCCCAUCACCAAGGCCACUCUAUCGGACCUCGACGAGGCGCGCAUUGUACGAAACUCGAAACUGCGCCAUGACAUCAACUUCGACCCCGAUUUGCAUUUUCGACCCAACAUCCUGGGCGAUAGGGGUAAGACGAGGCAGGAGCACUCACGGGCGUUUUGGAGGGCUCUGACAGAACAGCUGGGCAUGUUUGUCGACAAGAACAGACGGUCCGAGUUUAUGGAGCGCUAUGCGCACAGCGAUGAGUGGUGUCUGCCCCUGCUCUUGCGAACCAUCAAGGACAUUGUGGAGACGCUCGUGCCGGUGCAAGACCGCAGUCUUAUGGAGGAGGCGCUGAAUGUAAAUUUGCUGAUGCAGCAAUUCUACAAAGGCAUGCUGAAUCUGGAAGGAAUGGCCGAGUGGUUAGCAGGUGUGCUUAAGACGCAUUGUGCCCCCAUGCGUGACGGGGAGGUUAACAACAUGUUGGCACGUUUCCGCAUUGGAAGUCGCGAAGGCAACGUGGAACAACUGGUAAUGGGUAUGUGCGAGCUUUUGAGUGUGCUCGAGCAUAUGAAACUGGACUUGGCCAACCACUAUCUUCGCUGGAUGCGGCCUGCUCUCAUCACGGAGACGGUUCAUUACGAGCAGCGCAGAGUCAGCGAGGAGAUUGCAACAUGCAGGCUGGACAUUGGACGGUCAAAGUUAUGGUAUCAUCGCGCACAGCUCAAGUACGCCCAUGAGUGCACUAAAGGCUUUGGCGACAUGUCCAUCUUUUUCCGUGCCGUUGCGCGCCUCGUGCGACCUUUUCGCGCGCAGGAAGAAGAUGCGAUUCCGCCCGAAACCUUCCACUACGACAAGGACAGGCUGCUACGCAUUCGCAACGACGCUGUGAACAUUGUCAUCUGCAUGCGUGUCUACGAACACGUCCUACGCAUUCUCGGCGAGCGCCAAGGCGAGACGGAGACAAACAACUUAUACGUAUCCUUGGUCGCCAUCCUCCAGUCGACGUCCGCGACUAUCGAUCAAGCCAAGCGCUGGGCGGAGGCUGUCCCUCACAUGGCCGUUGAGAUCUUCCGCCAUGCUAAAGCCCCAUCCUAUAUGCUCGCCAUGGUCGAGUCCGCACUUGGCGAAGUCCUUUCUAACCCCCACGACGAACUCUUCGUAGACGUGGAAGCCGACUAUCACCGGCGUCUUUUAAAGGAACUCUGCAACCGCGUUCGGGAGUACAAUGGGAUGAGCAGCUGGAGCCUAUACACAGCCGCCGUAGAGAAAAGAAUACCCACCAGCGGCAAUAUGCCCCGCGACUUUUAUGAAUGCCUGCGAGACGGUAUGGACAGUGGCGUCAGUGAUCUGGCCAUGAGGCUGGCACACGUCGGCAUUCUGCACUGGAGGGUCUGGGUGGACCUGGCGUAUCGCAGCGAGUGA